AUGACUUUCUUAGCUCGAAAGAAAACAUCAAUUGCAGCUGCUAUCCGCACUGUUAACGCUGCAUUCUCAUCCGAUCCGCUGAUCCAAUGGUUGCGCCCAAAUGCAACGCCGUGGGCUCAACCAGACAAGUCAGUAUGGGAAUGGCAGUAUCGACGCAUCCAGUCCGUGAUGGCUCAUGGCAGGGUGCUUCACUCGGACAAUGUCGAUGAGAUGGCGCUGAAGUUCCCGCGGAAGCAAAAGGAAUCCACAGUGUCAGUCGAGACCGAUACUACGCUGGCAAAGGAGGCACAACCUUCAAUCACAGGUGUAAUAUCAGGUGGUGAAGAUUCAGGCGCUGUGGUCUUCUUGUUCCCACCCAAGGAACAAUUAAGCUGGUCUUUAUCAAGACUGUGGCUUAUGUGGAAGUUGUUUUGGCUAGAUAUUUUGAAGCCGGCACAUGAUACGGGUUGUAAGGAACUGCGAGUCGAUCAACUUUUUGCAGCGAACAAGAAGGGAUUGGAGAGUGCACAAGCUCAGUACUCAAAGAAAACGAUGUGGUAUCUCGAGGUCGUUGCUGUGCAUCCCUCCUUGCAAUCGCGUGGAAUUGGAGGGGGCGUUAUGAUGUGUAUUUUGGAACAGAUUGGAGACCAGCCAGUAUACCUGGAGUGCACUCGACGAGAGAAUAUUGGGUUCUAUGAGAACUUUGGCUUUCAGGUGGUUGAUGAGGUAGAACUGCUGGAUGAGGAACAGAAUCUGAAGUUUUGGGCUAUGAUUCGUCCGGGGAAGUGA